AUGGCGACCAGCGGAGGGGAGCCGGAUGGGAAGGGCGAGCAUCGGCACACCAACAGGCUGGAGGCGGAGGAGUCACCGUACCUCCUUCAGCACGCUCACAAUCCGGUGGAUUGGUACCCUUGGGGUGAGGAGGCAUUUGAGAAAGCGCGAUCGGAGGACAAGCCAAUAUUCCUAUCAGUUGGCUAUUCUACCUGCCACUGGUGCCAUGUCAUGGAACGGGAGAGCUUUGAGAAUGAGACAGUUGCUGCUGUGAUGAACGAGAAGUUUGUGAACAUCAAAGUGGACAGGGAGGAGAGGCCAGAUGUUGACAAAGUCUAUAUGACCUUUGUUCAGGCUACCAGCGGGGGAGGUGGCUGGCCAAUGAGCGUUUUUCUGACGCCCGAUCUGAAGCCAUUCUAUGGGGCCACCUACUUCCCUCCUGAUGACCGGUAUGGCCUGCCAGGCUUCAUGACGAUCCUGAAUAGGGUAUCGGGUCUGUGGGCAAGCAAGCGGACAGAACUUGCUGAUCAGGGUGCGACAGUCAUCGAGCAGCUUGCUGAUGCAGUCGUGCCUGCCCUUCCAGAAGGCAAUGAGAUCGAGACCCUCGCUGCCAGUGUCAUCGAGGAGUGUGCGGGGCACUUCGAGAGGAGCUUCGAUUCGGCACGUGGUGGUUUCGGCAGCGCGCCCAAGUUCCCACGACCAUGCGAGCUCAACCUGCUUGUCUGCCAGUACAUGAGAAAGAAGGCCGAUGAGCCUUCACUGGCGGACAAGCUCCUCCACAUAAUCCAGUUCACAUUGGCAGCAAUGGCCAAGGGUGGCAUCUAUGACCACGUGGGAGGAGGCUUUCAUCGGUAUAGUGUAGAUGAGCAUUGGCAUGUGCCCCAUUUUGAGAAGAUGCUGUACGACAACCCCCAGCUUGCUGUGACCUACCUCAGUGGCUUUCAGCUGACUGGGGACAGGCGGUGGGCAGUCGUGGUGCGCGGUGUGCUGGACUACCUGCGGAGGGACAUGAUGCACCCUGAUGGAGGCCUGUAUUCUGCAGAGGAUGCUGACAGCCUGGACCCCGUUGCUGGCAAGAAGGGCGAGGGCACUUUCUACAUAUGGAGUUUCGACGAAAUAGAUGCCAUUCUUGGACCAGCGAAGGCCAAGAUAUUUGGCUCACACUAUUAUGUGAAAAGGGAGGGAAAUUGUGACCUGUCAGCACGGAGCGAUCCCCACAAAGAGUUUGUUGGAAAGAAUUGUCUAAUUGAGAGACAUAGUGUCAGUGAGACUGCAACACAGUUUGGAGUGGGAGAGUUGGAGGUGGAGAAGUUGCUGGCAAGCUGCCGACAGGCCCUCCAUGAGGCAAGGGCCAAAAGGCCCAGGCCACACCUUGACAACAAGGUCGUCGCUGCUUGGAAUGGAAUGGCCAUCUCGGCGUUUGCGUUGGCAGCCCGUGUGCUGAAGUCUGAGUCACCUCCUGUGGAACCGUGUUUCCCUGUUGACGGGGUGGACCCAAGCGAGUAUCUCUCUGUUGCGCAUAAGGCAGCCGAAUUCGUCCGGCAACAUCUGUGGGACGAUGCCACCGGCCUGCUGCGCCGCUCCUUCUGCAAGGGUCCAUCGAGCGUGAGUGGUUUCGCUGAUGACUAUGCAUGCGUCGUGGCGGGCCUUUUGGACCUGUACGAAGCGUCUGGCAAAUUGGAUUGUCUGAAAUGGGCUACGCAGCUGCAGGAGAGGAUGAACGAGCUGUUCUGGGAUGACAAGGCAGGCGGCUAUUACUCAACGAGUGGGAAGGAUCCAAGCAUCCUUCUGCGGGUGAAAGAAGACUACGACGGCGCUGAGCCUGCCGCAUCGUCCAUUGCCGCAUCGAAUCUGCUACGCCUGGGCUCCAUGCUCAACAGCGAUGCCUACAAGACCCUCGGCGUCAC